CCACCUCCACCUCCUCCUCCUCCGGUCAGCCAGCCAGCCGUAAGUGAGCCCGCUGUCCUGCCCUCGCAUCCAGCUGUUGGGGGGGAAUCAUGGCGCUCAGAGCCAGGGCGCUGUACGACUUCAACUCCGAGAACCCGGGGGAGGUGUCCGUGAGGGAGAACGAGGUCGUAACUUUGUACAGCGAGCAGGACAUCGAGGGCUGGUUGGAGGGCACCAACAGCCGAGGGGAGAGGGGGCUCUUCCCCGCCUCGUACGUGGAGGUCCUGAAGAACGACGCCGCCUCCACGCUCAACAACAACAACAGCAGCACAUCUGGGGACGCGUACAAGGACUCCCGCUACGCCAACGUCCCGUCGGGGGGGUUUGACGGCUCUUCUCAGCCCAAAGUUGAAAACUCUGGCAGACCGCCUCCUCCGGGCUUGAAUGCUUUCUCAGUUCCUCUCCAGCAGCCGCAGCUGCAGAGCGGCUUCCAGCAGGCCAGCCAGAGCGACGACGACUGGGACGACGACUGGGACGACAGCUCCACCGUGGCCGACGAGCCCGGGACGGUGGGGGGACGCUACCAGGACUUCGAGGGCAACGGGCCCUCCAAGUACCGGGUUUCCACGGCCUCGGCGGCCCGAGGGCAGGCGCAGCAGGCCAAGAGCUCGGCCACCGUCAGCAGGAACCUCAACAGGUUCUCCACCUUCGUGAAGUCGGGCGGGGAGGCCUUCGUGCUCGGGGAGGCGUCGGGCUUCGUGAAGGACGGGGACAAGAUCUGCGUGGUGGUGGGCCAGCACGGCCCCGAGUGGCAGGAGAACCCGUACCCCUUCACCUGCGCCAUCGACGACCCCACCAAACAGACCAAGUUCAAGGGCAUGAAGAGCUACAUCUCCUACAAGCUGACCCCCACGCACACGCAGAACCCGGUCAACCGGAGGUACAAGCACUUCGACUGGCUGUACGCCCGGCUGGCCGAGAAGUUCCCCGUCAUCUCGGUGCCCCACAUCCCGGAGAAGCAGGCCACGGGGCGCUUCGAGGAGGACUUCAUCUCCAAGAGGAGGAAAGGCCUCAUGUGGUGGAUGAACCACAUGACCAGCCACCCGGUGCUGUCCAGGUGUGACGUCUUCCAGCACUUCCUGACCUGCAACAGCGCCGACGAGAAGGCCUGGAAGCAGGGCAAGCGGAAGGCCGAGAAGGACGACAUGGUGGGCGCCAACUUCUUCCUCACCAUCAGCCCCCCGCCGGCUCCGCUGGACUUCCAAGAGGUGGAGAGCAAAAUAGACGGAUUCAAGGCCUUCACCAAGAGGAUGGACGACAGCACCCUGCAGCUCAACGCCACCGUCAACGAGUUCGCCCGCAAGCAGAUCGCCGGCUUCAGGAAGGAGUACCAGAAAGUGGGGAUGUCUUUUAAGGUGCUGAGCCAGGCCUUUGAGAUGGACCAGCAGGCCUACUCUGCGGGGCUCAACCAGGCCAUCUCCUUCACGGGAGACGCAUACGAAGCCAUCGGGGAGUUUUACGCGGAGCAGCCCGGCAAGGAUCUUGACCCCAUCAUGGAUUUGUUAGCUCUUUACCAAGGGCACCUGGCAAAUUACCCGGACAUCAUCCAUGUCCAGAAAGGAGCCCUGACGAAGGUGAAGGAGAGCCAGAAGCACGUGGAGGAGGGCAAGAUGGACCGGGCCCAGGCGGAGGGCAUCAACGACCGCUGCAACAUCAUCUCCUUCGCCACGCUGGCCGAGAUGCAGCACUUCCACCAGAUCCGCGUGCGCGACUUCAGGGCGCAGAUGCAGCACUACCUCCAGCAGCAGAUCGCCUUCUUCCAGAAGGUCACCGGCAAGCUGGAGGAGGCCCUGCAGAAAUACGACAACGCCUAACGGAAGCCCCCCUGGCCUCGCCGCCACUGACCUCGCCGCCUUCCGCGCCUCGGCCAGCGGGCCGCC